CAGAGGACUGCCAGUCUCACACUGUUCAUUUAUCAAAAUGCAAGAUGUCCCUUCCCUUGUAAUCCAAUGGGAUAAUUGUGACCAAUUAAAUGGUUUUGAUUGGAGAACUGGAAUGGCAGUGAGCUUUGGCAGGCUAGGGACCUAUUGACUUGUUUGUUUGUUCAGCCCACCAUUUCAGGACUUGAAAUGGGUGGGGAGCAGACUCAAGCGAGGACGUCAAAAAACACGUACUUCUGUAUGUAGACAAAGGAGAGAAAAAGCAAGACUGAGAAGCAGGGAAUCACAGCCCACAACUGCCACAAAUAUGGCUGAGAGGACUGAUGCAACCCUGCUGGACCUGGUAGGAAGUGCAUCAUUGACUGGAGCUGUGGAGGUCAUUGGCGGGGAAAGAGACACCCAGACCCUAGUGGAUGUGGUGGAUGCCACCACUGACGUUCUGGAGGAAGAUGACGACAAUGAUUCAGUUUUUUACAAUAGGGAAACUGCAUUGCCAGGCAUCUGCAAAGAGGGCAUGAGAGGGGCUGAUCUCAUUUCCUGCCCUCUAAUGGCCUCGCUGGUGCUAGGGCCUAAUGAUGCAGACACCAGUGAGGCUGUCACAAAGCCUGCCAGAAACCCCAGCCCCUUGGAGUCUGAAGAUCCGCUUGGUGCCAGCUAUGGCAGCGCCGACCCCCUUUCUGACCAGAGCAGAGCUGUGCAGUCUGAGGACAAGGGCACUCCCCUGAAUCUGAUGGAAUCAGAACCUCAAACUGAACCCCAAGAGGGUUCUUGCCUACCCACUGCCCAAAAUCCAGGAGGAACUGAAAUAAAAAGCUCAGCAGGUUCGUCUGGACUGGAGUUGGACAGAAAAAAAGGGAGAGACGAAGUGACAUCAGUGUCGCAGAUGGCACAGGAAGUGACGCCGCUGGCUGCCUCAGUACCCGUGCUUGAGAAGGAGGAAGGUCAGGUGAAUGGGGAUGAAAAGGCCCCAGCAGAGGGGCCCAGCGAGGAGCUCAUGAGUGAGAGCCAGGAUGAGCUGGAGGAGGAUGAGGAGGGGGAGGAGGAAGAGGUGACUGAAGGUGUGCAGCAGGAGAGCAGCUCAGAGGGCUCUCAGAGCUCACAGGGAGCCAGCCCAAGGUGCAGUGUCCAGUCCUCUGGAGAGAUGUCCCCUGGGGGCAGCCAGAAAUCAUCCACGAGCCGCCACAGCAACUCCAAGUACAACACCGUCUCUUACCGUAAGAUCCGCAAAGGAAACACGAAGCAAAGGAUCGAUGAGUUUGAGUCCAUGAUGCACUUGUAAAAAGGCACAUUACUGGUCAAAUGAGUUGUGUAGCCUUCACCAGCCAGAGAAGAGAAGAAAGUGUUAAACUUCAAAUCAUCAUUAAAAAUGUCAAUAUUUAUGCCACAAACUGGAAUGUUACACUAUUAGAUUUCAUAAGCUUUGUGUUCCUUCAUAAGUUUCAGAUUUUUAAUACUGCUCACACUUAAUGGUGAUGUCACACACAGAAGCAGUAGAUUGUGACAUCUUUUGCGUUAGUUGAUUCUUACCGCAUGGUUUUACAUCUUAAAUAAAAAUACAUAUAUUUUCACCUCUGCUU